ACCGAGGAUCAGAAAUGACCAGGAUUUGCCAGCACGCUAACUAUAGCCCUCAGGAACUCAAUUUGCACCUCACCUCGUACCAAGCAACCAGACAGCAGCAUGUUUGACGAACCAGAAACGAAGCGGAUCCGCCGCGCCGAUCUCGAUGAUUCCGACACUGAGGUGAAUCCUCCUACCGUCCCAACCGAGGCCCUCUAUCUAGAUCUCGAAUACAUCACUUCCACAUCACACAAAGAAGCUGUAGCGACAGAAAGUGUCGACGAGGAUCUCGAACUCGACUUCUCCCUCUUCUCCGGCGCUGCUCCCCAGCGGUUGAAACUACGCUCGCCCACCCCUCCACCCGCCGAGGAAGACGUCUGGGAUGCCGUUGCACACAGUCGGAAGCGGCCACUGGGCCACUGGCUCAUCACCCCAUCUGAGCUCGAAGAGCGCCGAAAGAAGGUCGCGAUGAGUGUCGUUUCCGGCAUCGAUAUCCUCAAAGACGCGAAGAAGCAGUGGCCUGCGAAGGCGGUGAAGGUUGAAUGGAAAGUCACACAUAUAUCUACCGCCGACGUACCAGAGACCGAGAUGAAAGAGGGAAGACGGAAGAGGCCAGGGAAGAAGAAGAGGAUUAAGACUAGGAUCGCGAAAAAGGCGGAAUUGGAGAAGGAGGAGCGGAGGAGGAAGAGUCAGGCAGAUCGGAACAAGUUCGUGGGGAUGACACCGGAGGAAAGAGCGAAAGCGGAGGACGAGGAGAGGAUCAGGAAGAACCGAGAAAAAGCGUUGAAGAGGAGGGCUAGAGAGAAGGCGAAGAAGGCGGCAGCAGCGGCAACGACAGCGGCGGGCUGAGGGCAAAGCUGCGCUAAUGUAGAGAUAAGGUGUGGUGUAGCCAAGGAAUUACAUCUGGUUUUCUUGGCCGGGAAUUGC